AUGGAGAUCGAGAAAUUAAUGACGAAUGAUAAAUUUAAAGAUACAACAGAACAAAUCUUACGACAAUUGAGUCAAUGCGUGGAUGAUUAUUAUGACGACAACAUAAUUAGACAAGAUUCGUUAUUAUUAACAUAUUUUCAUCAAUUGGCUAAUUUCACUGGGAUUCCUUCCGUCGAUGACACGAAGAAGAUUUCAAUAGAACCUUCAUCAGAACCAUCCGCAGCAUCUCUUACAGCAAGUUUAGAUCCAACUGAUUGGAAAUCAGCACGUGCUGAAGCUCAUAAGAUGCUUGAUAUUUCGUUGGAUUUCAUCGAAAAGGCUCGUGAUCGACCUGCUUGGAUACCAUUGCCAAAUGAAGUGCGACAUCGAAUUAUGUCCGAAGUUCUGCCUGAACAUGGAAAACCAAUGACUGAUGUUUGUCAAGAUAUAAUUGAUGAUGUUUUACCUUAUUCUGGUGGUAAUACGCAUCCUCGAUUCUGGGGAUGGGUCCAUGGAUCUGGUACAGUAGGAGGUGUUAUCGCUGAAAUGAUGACAGCAGCAAUGAAUUCAAAUGUAGGUCUCUGUAGUCAUAGUGGGGUACUUAUUGAACGACAAGUAAUCGAUUGGAUGAAACAAUUAUUUCAAUUUCCAAAAACAACGGCUGGUGGUAUCAUCGUUAGUGGAACAUCAAUGGCAGCCGUUGUUUGUUUAGCUGUAGCACGUUAUCAUGCUCUCAACAAAGUACGACAAGAUGGUUUAGUUACAUUAGGUGUUCAAUUAGUCGCUUAUGCUUCAACACAAACACAUGUAUGUGUAGCCAAAGCUCUUGAAUUAUUAGGAUUGGGUGUUCAAGCACUCAGAUUAGUACCUGUUGACGAGGAAUAUCGUAUGAAUAUUGAAGCACUCAAAAUAAUGAUUGAAGAGGAUCGUCAACAAGGAUUUGUACCAUUUUGUAUCGUCGGAAAUGCAGGCACUGUGAGUACUGGUGCUUUCGAUGAUUUAUCUGCUUUGUCAAUUGUAGCUCGAGAAAACAACAUUUGGUUUCACGUUGAUGGAGCAUUCGGAAGUUUUGUAGUUCUCGAUCCAAGUCGACGACAUUUGAUUGAUGGACUAUCGGAAGCCGAUUCGUUGGCAUUCGAUUUUCACAAAUGGUUACAUACACCUUAUGCAGCUGGAUGCGUUCUCUUACGUCAAAUUUCCAUGCUAAAUGCCACUUUUUCAUCGCCUCGUAACUAUUUGGUAGGUACCAAACGAGGUUUUGCUGGUGAUACUCCUUGGUUUUGUGACAUGGGUAUUGAACUUUCACGACCAUGUAGAGCUCUCAAAGUUUGGUUCACUAUUAAAGAACAUGGAAUAAUAAGACUGGGUCAGUCAAUUGCAGCCAAUUGUGAUCAAGCUCAAUAUUUAGCUAACUUAUUGUCUAAGUAUGAUUUUAUUCAAGUACUUACUCCUGUCUCACUUAACAUUGUCAAUUUUCGAGUGGAACCUGAUGCAUUGAAGAAUAGUGAUCCAGAAACUGUCGAUAUAUUUAAUGAUGAACUCGUCAAUGAUUUACAAGAAAAAGGUAUUGCUGUUCCAUCAACAACACGACUCAAAGAUCGUCUUCAUAUUCGAGUCUGUAUUACCAAUCAUCGUAGUACCUUACCAGAUUUUGACUUUUUUGUAAAUGCUCUCAUUGAUUUAUGUCGAUCUAGAAUUGCUUUGAUGAAUAAAUAA